AGUAAAUCAGUUUCGUAACUUCAUAUUCAGUUUAUGAGUUUUCAUUUUGCUUUGAAUUCGUUUUUAAGUCUAUUUAAUUAUAGAAACAUAUUUUAGGAAUCUUAUUAAGAUUAUUUAUUCAGAAACCCACAAGUUCUCAAAAGCCAGAAACCAUCUUUUCGUAAACGUCCAGGAGACAUUAAAUAUUUGUUUCCCUUCGUCUCUUCUAAUGGAUAAAGAGUCUUAUGACUAUUUGGUAAAAAUCGUAUUGGCGGGACCUUCAGGAACUGGCAAGUCCUGUCUGCUGGAGCGCUUUGUCAAAGGACGAUGGAACGAUGAGAUUCAGCAUACGGUUGGAAUUGAUUUUGCCAGUAGAAUUGUGAUUGUCGGUAUGGGAAAUCAGCAAAAAAGAAUCAAAAUUCAACUAUGGGAUACGGCUGGUCAAGAAAAGUUUCGAAGUGUAGCACGAAACUAUUAUCGUGGGGCUGCUGGAGCAGUGCUCGUGUAUGAUAUUACAAAUAAAGAUUCGUUUUGUGAGUUGUCUUCUUGGGUGUCCGACAUUCGCGCCAUGGCUCCUUCUACUCUAUGUGUCGUUUUAGCUGGAAGCAAAUGUGAUCUACAGGAGCAACGAGAAGUAAGUACGGAAGAAGCAGCAGAAUUUUGUUCGGCGAAACAGAUCGCUAGCGCACAUGAAACAAGCGCAUACUCAGGUACCCAGGUAGAUGACUGUUUCCUAUCAGUCGUAUCUACCAUAUUGACUCGAAUUGAAUUGGGAGAAAUUGAUCCUCAAGAUCAAUCUUUAGGAAUACAAUAUGGAGACUUGAGUUCUUCUCAACCGUCACACAAUACGAGUGUUACAAACUGGUGGGCUUCUAUAACCAAUUGGGAUGAUUUAGUUCGACUGGAAAGACAGACCCGCUCCCGUUGUUGUCUAUGAAGGAUUCCCUUUCUUUGUUAGAUAUUGCAUCUUCUAAGUUUAGCAUCCUAUGUACAAUCAGGUACUGUUUGUCUAAUAUGUUGUACACAAGCAGAUUGCUACUAGACGAUUUUUAUGGUUUUUAUGGUUAUGAACACUGAUCAAUACAUGAUGAAUUUAAUCCUUUUCGUAUCAAAUAUUAAAAUUGGUAAAAG